GAUAACCCAGCUGCCGAGGAACUGAGUAGAGCCGGCUCCAAACUUCUCAGCUGUUGACAGGCUUGACUUGCUGAGAACACUGGUUAAAUAUAGCACGCGCAAGCCAGCUCCUCAACAAAGUCAUUGCUCUGACGGUGUUGUGAAGGGAGCAGAAGACGAGAAACCUAAUCUCAGAACCCAACAACACCUAGCAACAGUUGAAAAAACUUUUAAACAAAAGUCUAGCUGGGUGGGAGAUAUACAACAGCCUCCAGUUUCUGCUGAUCGGGAUUUCAGGGAGAAGAAGCUGCUUUCCCCUUCUCUCUACUCAGUUUCCUGCAUGACUUCAGCUAUUGGCUAGUCCUAGGAAAGAAAGUGGGAAAAGCUUUUUCCUCUGUAUUCUUUUGGGCUGGAUAGUUUUCCAAGACUCCAAUCUCUCUUGGGCUGUGGGACAAGCCACUGGGUUCUUCAAAGGAUAAACUACCCCAUAAAGGACAUACCCUUGGUUAAACAAGCUGCUGUCAGGUGGGAAUGAGAUCCCGAAACCAGGGUGGUGAAAGUUCAUCCAAUGGGCAUAUCUCCUGCCCCCAAUCCUCCAUCAUCAGCAAUGCUGGUGAUAAAAGUCUCUCAGAAGAUGCAAAAAAGAAGAACAAAUCAAAUAGAAAGGAGGAUGAUGUCAUGGCCUCAGGAACUGUCAAACGACACCUAAAACCAUCUGGAGAAAGUGAACGAAAGAAUAAAAAAUCCUUGGAGUUAUCCAAAGAAGACCUCAUCCAGCUACUCAGUAUAAUGGAAGGGGAGUUACAGGCCAGGGAAGAUGUGAUCCACAUGCUGAAGACAGAGAAAACCAAGCCUGAGGUUCUGGAGGCUCAUUACGGGUCUGCGGAGCCAGAGAAAGUGCUGCGGGUCCUGCACCGAGACGCCAUCCUAGCCCAGGAGAAAUCCAUAGGAGAAGAUGUCUAUGAGAAACCGAUUUCAGAGCUGGACAGACUCGAGGAAAAACAGAAAGAAACUUACCGGCGCAUGCUAGAGCAACUGCUGCUGGCAGAGAAGUGUCACAGGCGCACAGUGUACGAGUUAGAGAACGAGAAGCACAAACACACUGACUACAUGAACAAGAGUGACGACUUCACCAACCUGCUGGAGCAGGAGCGGGAGAGGUUGAAAAAGCUCCUUGAACAAGAAAAGGCUUACCAAGCCCGCAAAGAAAAGGAAAAUGCUAAGCGGCUCAAUAAACUAAGAGAUGAGCUUGUAAAACUCAAGUCCUUUGCACUCAUGCUGGUGGAUGAAAGACAAAUGCAUAUCGAGCAACUUGGCCUGCAAAGCCAGAAAGUACAAGAUCUUACUCAGAAACUGAGGGAAGAAGAAGAAAAGCUCAAAGCCAUCACUUCCAAAUCCAAAGAAGACAGGCAGAAAUUGCUCAAGUUAGAAGUGGAUUUUGAACACAAGGCUUCCAGGUUUUCCCAAGAGCAUGAAGAGAUGAAUGCUAAGUUGGCUAAUCAAGAGUCUCACAACAGGCAACUUAGACUCAAGUUGGUUGGCUUAACUCAAAGAAUUGAGGAGCUAGAAGAGACCAACAGAAAUCUUCAAAAGGCAGAGGAAGAACUUCAGGAAUUAAGAGAUAAAAUUGCCAAAGGGGAAUGUGGCAACUCCAGCCUCAUGGCAGAAGUGGAAAAUCUUCGGAAACGUGUGCUUGAAAUGGAGGGUAAAGAUGAGGAGAUCACUAAAACUGAAUCCCAGUGCAGGGAAUUGAAGAAGAAGUUGCAAGAGGAAGAACAUCAUAGUAGGGAGCUCAAACUUGAAGUUGAGAAGUUACAGAAGAGAAUGUCUGAACUGGAGAAAUUGGAAGAGGCAUUUAGCAAAAGUAAAUCUGAAUGCACCCAGCUACAUUUAAAUCUGGAAAAAGAAAAGAACUUAACCAAAGACUUGCUAAAUGAAUUGGAGGUGGUCAAGAGUCGAGUCAAAGAACUGGAGUGUUCAGAAAGUAGAUUAGAAAAGGCUGAAUUAAGCCUAAAAGAUGAUCUUACAAAGUUGAAGUCAUUUACUGUGAUGCUGGUUGAUGAAAGGAAAAAUAUGAUGGAAAAAAUAAAGCAAGAAGAGAGGAAAGUGGAUGGACUCAAUAAAAAUUUUAAGGUAGAACAAGGAAAGGUGAUGGAUGUAACUGAAAAACUAAUUGAAGAAAGUAAGAAGCUUUUAAAACUGAAAUCUGAAAUGGAGGAAAAAGUAUACAAUUUGACAAAAGAGAGAGAUGAGUUAAUAGGCAAACUGAAAAGUGAAGAAGAAAAAUCAUCUGAAUUAAGCUGCAGUGUUGACUUAUUAAAGAAGAGACUAGAUGGAAUAGAGGAAGUGGAAAGAGAAAUAACAAGAGGAAGGUCUCGAAAAGGACCUGAGCUCACCUGCCCAGAAGAUAACAAGAUUAAGGAACUAACACUUGAAAUCGAGAGACUGAAGAAACGUCUCCAACAGCUGGAGGUGGUGGAAGGAGAUUUGAUGAAGACAGAGGAUGAGUAUGAUCAACUAGAGCAGAAAUUUAGAACUGAGCAGGAUAAGGCUAACUUCCUCUCUCAACAACUGGAUGAGAUAAAGCACCAAAUCGCCAAGAAUAAAGCAAUAGAGAAAGGUGAGGCUGUGAGCCAGGAAGCUGAGCUGAGACACAGAUUUCGAUUAGAGGAGGCUAAAAGUCGAGACUUAAAAGCCGAAGUACAAGCUCUUAAAGAGAAGAUUCAUGAAUUAAUGAACAAAGAAGAUCAGCUUUCUCAGCUCCAAGUGGAUUAUUCUGUCCUUCAACAAAGAUUUAUGGAAGAAGAAAAUAAGAACAAAAACAUGGGACAGGAGGUCCUCAAUCUGACCAAAGAAUUGGAGCUUUCUAAGCGUUAUAGCCGAGCUCUAAGACCCAGUAUGAAUGGAAGAAGAAUGGUAGAUAUACCUGUGGCAUCAACUGGAGUACAAACUGAUGUGCUUAGCAGUGAGGCAGCAGAGGAAGAAACGCCAGCAGUAUUUAUACGGAAAUCCUUUCAAGAAGAAAAUCAUAUCAUGAGUAACCUUCGACAGGUGGGAUUGAAAAAACCUAUAGAACGAUCCUCUGUUCUAGACAGGUAUCCUCCGGCAGCAAAUGAGCUCACAAUGAGAAAGUCUUGGAUUCCAUGGAUGAGAAAAAGGGAAAACGGGCCUUCAGUCACUCAAGAGAAAGGGCCUCGAACAAAUUCCAGUCCAGGGCACCCAGGAGAGCUGGUUCUUUCACCAAAGCAGGGCCAGCCCCUGCACAUUCGGGUGACGCCAGACCAUGAGAACAGUACUGCGACCUUGGAGAUAACAAGCCCAACGUCUGAAGAAUUUUUUUCUAGUACCACUGUCAUUCCUACAUUAGGGAAUCAGAAACCAAGGAUAACUAUUAUUCCAUCACCAAAUGUUAUGUCUCAAAAACCAAAAAGUGGAGAUAGUACUCUCGGCACAGAACGAGCCAUGUCCCCAGUCACAAUUACCACAUUUUCCAGGGAGAAGACCCCGGAAGGUGGAAGAGGUGCAUUUGCGGACAGGCCCACGUCCCCCAUUCAGAUAAUGACAGUGUCUACAUCAGCAGCGCCAGCUGAGAUUGCAGUCUCUCCCGAAUCUCAGGAAAUGCCCAUGGGAAGGACUGUCCUCAAAGUCACCCCAGAAAAACAGACUGUUCCAACUCCAGUAAGGAAAUACAACUCCAAUGCCAAUAUCAUAACCACAGAAGACAAUAAAAUCCACAUUCAUUUAGGUUCUCAGUUUAAACGAUCCCCUGGGACUUCAGCUGAAGGAGCAAGUCCAGUUAUUACUGUUCGACCUGUCAACAUGACAGCUGAAAAGGAGAUUUCCACUGGCACUGUCCUUCGCUCUCCCAGGAACCAUCUCUCAUCACGACCCGGUGCAAACAAAGUGACAAGCACGAUCACCAUAACACCAGUCACAACCUCAUCUACUCGAGGAACACAGUCAGUGUCAGGACAAGACGGGUCAUCUCAGCGGCCUACACCCACCCGCAUUCCUAUGUCAAAAGAAAGCAUCAUCAUUCAUCAGUUACGUAUGAACUCCAGAUGAAAUGGUAAACCAAGCACAUACUGGGUGUGUGUACUUCCUCUGAAUCCCUGUUGAAUGGAUAGUAUUUCUACAGCCCUCCAUCAUCACUAAGGUUCUCUAUGCUACUGAUCACUACUGGAAAUAAUUUUCUACUUCCAGUGAAUCUUUUUUCUUAAGGAUAUAAUGUAAAAGCUAAAAAUGGAGUUUCUGGUAAUAUGAAAAUAGGUAGCAAGAGCAAUUCAAUCUUUGUGUCAAAAUAAAUUUCUCUUCCUUUUGCAAAGCUUUCAGGUCCAUGGGCACAUGCUAUGUAAUUUAUUUUUAUAAUACACUUUGUAAUAAGAUUUUUUUCCUAAAGUGUUUCCUUUUUCAUAGUCUAUGGCACAUAUAUCUGUAGAAUACACUGUCAGUUCUUUGAAAUAUUGAUAUUGGUGCAUUCGAAGCAGUAACCUCUUAUUUUUUUCUUUUAUCGACUUGUUAUUUCUGAAGAAGAAAAAGUACAACAUUCUCUAUGUAAUUUCUCGGGGUAAAUUCAAGAGGUAAAACAGAAGCAGGAGAUUCUGGAAGAGAUUUUAUUAUUGUUUGCACAAUGCUAUGGUUCUGAUCAUCGUUCAAUACUAAAAAAUAAUGCUCUCAUUUAAAGUUUAAUUUUAAAUACUUAAAGCCAGUUUUUAAAGUUGCUCUUUCCAGUCUUCUGUGCCAAACAAACAAACAAACAACCCUGGAUGAACUGAUUUUCAUAUGGAACAAAUUAAUGAAAGAAGAUGUAUAAAUUCUACCUGUAAGAAUGAUAGAAACAGCUCCAACUGACAGUUCAAUUAUGUUUCUGUUUGCAUUAUUUACAUAUAUGUACAGGAUUCACAAUAAGGAUGUCAAGAUAUAUUUCACAAUCUUUCUAAAUGAAAGCCUAAAAAUAAAAACUGAUCUAGAUAGUAUCAGCAUCUUUUUUUUUAAAU